CGAAAAUUAAGAAAUGGUGUUUAUUUAUUAUGAAAUUUUUGUAAUUUGGCAACAAUAUGUUUAAGUCAACGGAUUAAUGUGCAAUUAAAUUUAAAUAUAAUUUUAUAAAUUUUCUCAUGUUAUAAUGCAAAAAUAUGAAAAACUGGAAAAAAUCGGAGAAGGUACUUAUGGAACUGUUUUUAAAGCAAAAAACAGGGAGACUCAAGAAAUAGUGGCCUUGAAAAGAGUUCGAUUAGAUGAUGAUGAUGAGGGUGUUCCAAGUUCAGCAUUGAGAGAAAUAUGCUUGCUGAAGGAGCUAAAGCACAAAAAUAUUGUUAGAUUACAUGAUGUACUUCACAGUGAAAAAAAGUUAACCUUAGUUUUUGAACAUUGUGAUCAAGAUCUGAAAAAAUAUUUUGACAGUUUGAAUGGUGAAAUAGAUGCUGAUGUUGUCAAAUCAUUCAUGUACCAACUUUUGAGGGGAUUAGCUUUCUGCCACAGUCAUAAUGUUCUUCAUAGAGAUCUCAAACCACAAAAUUUGCUCAUUAAUAAGAAUGGAGAACUGAAGUUAGCAGAUUUUGGUCUGGCACGUGCUUUUGGUAUACCUGUCAGGUGUUAUUCAGCUGAAGUAGUCACACUGUGGUACCGACCACCAGAUGUUCUAUUUGGUGCAAAACUUUAUACAACGUCAAUUGACAUGUGGUCAGCUGGAUGCAUUUUUGCUGAACUUGCUAAUGCUGGUAGACCAUUGUUUCCUGGAAGUGAUGUUGAUGACCAGUUAAAACGCAUUUUUAAACUUUUGGGGACACCAACGGAAGAAACUUGGCCAGGAAUGACUCAACUUCCUGAUUAUAAGCCUUUUCCUCUUUACCAUCCAACAGCUAGUUUUUCUCAAGUAGUACCAAAACUUAACUCUAAAGGAAAAGACUUAUUACAAAAACUUCUAGUUUGCAAUCCAGCAUUGAGAACAUCGGCAGAUGAAGCAAUGUUACAUCUCUAUUUUAGUGAUUUACCACCAGCCAUUAAAAAUGGAUGAUUCAAUGUGAUAGAAUAUUUUGUCUUAAUUUGUUCAUUUGUGAAGUACUCUGGUCUUUUAGACUUGCAUUCAUUGAAAAUGAAAGAACAAUGAUCACCAUGUGUUUAGCUAAUGAGAUAAGAAGUUGAAAAAAUAUGUCAAAUCAUUUGUUUUGCAUUUUCACUCAAAUCAUUCUUAUUUUGUUUUACAUACAAUCUAACUCUUGUAUAGAUCAUCAGUAGUGUUUCAAUAUCUUAUUUAUUAUAUUUUUUAUUUUUUUUAAAAAAGAGAAAUUGGUAUUUUUUUAAUACUAAGUGUUCAUAUUUAUAUCUUUUGUGAGAUUUAUCAAUCAGCUUGUUACUUUUAAAAUAAAAUAUACUUGCAUCUAAAAAGAUAGGGUAUACUUUGCUACAUAGGCCGAUGUGAAAGUAUAGCAGUAGCACAUAAGUACAGAAAUGGGCAUAUUAUAGUUCUCUAUACAAGAACCUUCCUCUGUGUCUAAGCAUCAAAUCUAUAUCCUUUAGUAAUAUAUGGUGCAUAGCGUGUUUAGACAGUUCUUAAAGGUGCUUAUUUUCGAUUUACAUUUUUUAAAGGUGCUUUUUUCAUUGGAUUUAAGUUUUAUGCCUACUUUUCCUAAAUGAUAUAUUUUUAUCAUGUUGGCUUUCGUCCUGAGUAUGCCAAAAGCAUUUCUUUCACACUAUUCUAUCCAAUGUUUUCACAACUCAUUCAACCGUAAUAAUAAUAUUAUUAGGAUAUGCGCACUAAUGAAAAAAUUUCCUUCCUAUUUUUUAAAGUUCAUAUAUACAUGAACUUUCAAUAAUAGGAAGAAAUAAUUUUUAUCAGUGCUCAUAUCCUAACUAUAUUUGGGGAGAUUUCGGUAUCCUGAUCGGUAGCAGAAUAAUCGCCAAGUCUUGGCAACUUCCGGGCAGUGGCCCUCAAGAAACUAAAAGAAACAUCACAGAAAAGGAAAUACUCGAAUAGUAGCCAAAGAGUAUAGUGGGGGCUUUGUAGUGGCCACCCCUGGACAAACAUCUAGAAUUUUUUUUUUUUUAAUUGCAAGUUUAAAAUCUAUUUGGCACAUGUAGUUGGUGUGACAAAUCACAAAUCGGAAUUAUCCAUAUAUUUUUUUUAAAAAUUAAGGAAUGUAAGAAUAUAUAUAUAUUUUUUUAGUGCUUAAUAGGUACUUAUUUUUUGUUCAAAAAUUGGGCUACGCACCCUGUGAUAGUAUUUUUAAAUCUUCUUAAUUUUUUCCAAUGUUGAACAUUUUUAAAAGUUUUCUGUAGCAUGUAUGGGCAACUUUCAAAACAUUGUCACUCUUUUUAUAUUUGUAAAAAAAAAAAAAUUGGUGUUUAGACACUUUAGAAGGUUCUUGUCUAAUGUACUGAACAUAGAGUAUGUUCAUUCCUAUACUUGAUUUGUGUUCUAUUCGCUUUUACGUUAGCAACUGUUCUUUCCAUUCUAUUUCUAGAAAGCCAAGCCUGUCAAGUAUUAAUUCUCUUAAGUGACACAUUCUAGAUUCAUUCACAAAGAUUUUAAUUAUUUCACUUUAUUUUUCUAAUUCAACACAAAGAAAGGCACAAAGCAUAAAACAUGAACUAAUUAUGCAUUGAAUUUGCUACGUAUGCAAAAUAAAAAUAUAUCACGGUUACAAUAAAAUACAUAAACAAAUAAUAAAUUUAAGUUUAAUAAAAGAUGUAGAUGUGAGAGAAUUAUAUUUCUACAAAUUCAAUGUGCUAUAAGGUCCUGUAUUUAAUUAACUGUCAUUAACAUUUUAACUUAUGUGGACAAGCUUAGCACAACUGUAGCACGCCAUUUUACUCACAAAUGAUCAACUGGCGCCGUAGGUCACAUGUGUGGGUAUGUAUGGUCUUCUUCUUGAAAUGCAAGUGCCCAAAUAAUAUUAGAUUUUACUUACUACUUUUAAUUACUAGUAUUGAUAAAAAUAGAAAAUUUAAAAAAUUUUAAUAAUUGACAUUAGAUAAAAACGUACAGUGAAUAAAAAAAAAAUACUUUGUAGCAAAACUAUACUCUUAAUUUUUACUUUGAAGCUACAAAAUAAAACACAUAAAAAUUGUAACACUAGUUUAAGUAGAAGCUUUUAGUUAUUUUAAAUAUUUUGUAAAGGUAUGUUACUUUAUAUAGCUUAAUUUAUAUUUGCAAAAGCUUUUUGUUAAAUUACAGUUAGAGCAGGGCGCGAAAUUUUUACCAGCUUGCCAUUGGGGGCCGAGUAUUUAGGUUUAUGAGUAUGUUUUGUCUUUUAAAAUGUUGCGUUUCAAAAAUCAAACUGCAAUAUAAUCCUAGAGUUGAGAGUGGGCUGUAAAUUUGGACGCAACUCUGGUAAACCUUCCACCUCAAAAUUUUCUAAAAAUGAUUUGGUCAGAAUUUUUAUAAAUAAUCCCACCUGACAUAGUUUGACCAAGUGGCUUUAAGUGACAAAUUAUAUUUUUUAGUAUCCAAAAUCAGUAGCAUAUGCAUGCAAGCAUGAAGUGUUGAAGGCAUAAGAACAUUUCUUAUACAGUAUAUUCUCGAUAUCUCGAAAAAGCAUGUUAAUUCAAAAAAAUGUUUGGUCACCUAAAAUUUCUUAUUACACUAACAUUUUAAAAAAUAUUUCGUUUUUUUUUGUUUUUUUUAAUAGUGGGAAGCAAAAAUUUUUAGUCUGGAUAGUGCUUUAAGAACUGAAAUGUCAUGCUCUGAGUUAAAGUGUAAGAAAACACACCUCAUAUGUAAUUUUGUUAUAAAUUCAUAAAAUACCCUAUGCAAUACUGCCAUGCAAUUGAAAAAACCAACGUAAGUGCUUCAAGGUUGAUUCCAAGAAAAGAUGCUUGGCAACUUUUCUUCUUCUAUUGCUAAUGCUAUAAAGGCUGAAAUAGAAUUUUAAAAUACUGAUAAAACAAAAUUUAUUUUUGAAAAAUUUUUUUUUUUGCAAUUCGUAACUUACCACAUAAAGAUGCCAAAUAUAUAAAAAUCUCAAUUAUGAAUUUUUUGCCGCUUAUGUUCAUAUUUCAAUUGCACGGCUUAUGAAUACUUAUAUAACAACAAACGAUAUCUAAUGUGCUUAUUUUCUUUUAGUUUGAAUCAAUUAAAUGUGUUAAAUUUAAGUAAAGGAUGCUAUGUAAAUGUUUUAAUAAAGGUUUGAUUCUACAAAUGCUUGAAAGUAAUGGGAAAAAAAAAUUAUUUAUAGUUUGGUAUUGUGUACCAAUAUCCAGUUCAUAUGUAAUUAAACUCAGCAUUUUCUAUCUAAUUUAUUAACAGUUUUAAUGUUGAUCUUUCUUCAUAUAAUUAUUAUAGUCAUACAAAUUUAAAACAUUUCUUAAAUUAUUUCCAAAUACAAUUGUGUGAAUCAUUAAAGUUUUAACCUCUAAAGAUCUCAUUUUGUGAUAAUUAUUGUUAUGUUACCAGGAAGUUUGAUCAUUUUUUCAAUUACAUGGUGUCUGCCAAAGAUGUAUAUUUACAGUUUGUUUAUUUUAGUUUUUAUUUCUUAUUUUAAAAAAGAGACUAUCAUUAUAAAUAUUUGUUGUUGUUGUAAAAUUUGUACAUUCUGUUGAAGGAUUUUUAUGUAUUUGUUUUUUAAUCAAUAAAUCAUCUUCGUUUUGAUAGAAUAC